AUGGCCUUCGUCCUCCAUGUCCCCCAGGCCCCCGAGGACCAGGGCAGCCGCGGUGAAGAGAGCGAGGAGAGCGAGCUGCACCUCUCCUUCCACCAGCUCAUCCAGGAGCAGAGCCGGGGGCCCGGGGAGGACGGGCUGGAGCUGCAGGCCCGGGCGCCGGCCAGCCACCACCAGGCCCUGCAGGCGCCCGAGGCCGCCGCCCACAGCACGGCCACACUACGCAUCCUGGCCAGCAUGCCCAGCCGCACCAUUGGCUGCAGCCGCGGCGCCAUCAUCUCGCAGUUCUACAACCGCUCGGUGCGGCUGCGGCGCCGGGGCAGCCGGCCCGCGCUCCGGGGCCUGGGGCGCUCGGCCCGGCCCAGCCUCCGCCUGUACGACCUGGAGCUGGACGCCACGGCCCUCGCCGAGGAGGAAAAGCGGGUGCUGCUGGUGAAGGAGCUGCAGGGCCUGCCGCUGGCCCAGCGCGGCCACAUGCUCCGGGGGAUGCCCCUCAGCCUGGCCGAGAAGCGCUGCCUGCGAGAGGAGACGCGGGCCCCGAGGAGGAGCCGCGGCCGGCCCGGGCCCCUGGCCUGCUGCAGCCGCCUCCGCUACGCCUGCGCGCUGGCCCUGCACGACCUGGGGCUGGCGCUGCUGGCGGGGCUGCAGGCCCUGGCGCCCUGGCACUACGCCCUGAAGCGCAUCGGAGGCCAGUUCGGCUCCAGCGUGCUGUCCUACUUCCUGUUCCUCAAGACCCUGCUGGCCUUCAACGUGCUGCUGCUGCUCCCCCUGCUGGCCUUCCUCGUGGGCGUGCAGACCGCCUUCCCGCCCGCGCCCCGGGGCCCGCACCCCGCCUUCACCGGCCUGGAGCUCCUCACCGGAGGGCAAUGGCACCCUCAACCAGCCGUGCGCCGGCCCGCCGGAUGGCGGCCAGUGCGCCCCCGAGGCAGCCAGCCUGCCCUACAACAUGCCCCUGGCCUACCUCUUCACCAUGGGCGCUGCCUUCUUCAUCACCUGCCUCACCCUGGUCUACAGCAUGUCCCACUCUUUCGGGGAGAGCUACCGGGUGGGCAGCACCUUGGGGGCCCACGCCAUCACCGUUUUCUGCUCCUGGGACCACAAGGUGACUCAGAAAUGGGCCUCCCGCCUCCAGCAUGA